AGAGGGGGCAUGGUGCGCUUGCGCACUCUGAUUCGAAUUGCGCAACUUUAGGCUCAAGAUGCCAUUUCACCAGUUCAAUCAAUUCACUGGGCGACUGAAAAAUUCAACAAAUCUUCAGCCACUUUACCCAAUUACACCGAAUCCUCUUCCGUCAGGAGACCCACCGAAGAUGAUCUGGGACAGCAUAAAAACGCAGGUCGCCAAGGUCGACGCCCCAGCUAGAGGGACCGCUACGUCAGCCAGUGGUACUGUCAAGCAAAGCACUUUGCCUCCUAGACUCAUCGCCAAGAUGAAAAAAUUCCAGCAACCUGGCUGGAGAACAACUCCGGUAUUUCUCAUGGGAGGCACCCCCGACAAAAUCUUCUUUGGGGCUACUGUCACCCUGAUCGCUGUUGGGUUCGUUGGUUGCAUCGAUUUUGUUGCUCGCUCCCUGUCCCCUAACAAAUAAAUACAUUGUGAAUGAGGAAAUCACCGGGUAGAACUGUAAAAUAUGUUAAGAAAUUAGAAAAGGAAGAUUCAUUCAUAACAACCAAAUAAACAACUUCGCUUUAACUGUA